UUCAUUCUCACCGCAAACCAACACAGUUCUAAACGCUUAAGAUUUAGAAGAAAAUCCAUCCAUGGCCCGUACGAAGCAGACUGCUCGGAAGUCCACCGGCGGCAAGGCUCCGAGGAAGCAACUGGCGACGAAGGCUGCCCGGAAGUCGGCCCCGACCACCGGAGGAGUGAAGAAGCCGCACAGGUACCGCCCUGGAACGGUGGCUCUACGUGAAAUCCGAAAGUAUCAGAAGAGCACGGAGCUGCUGAUCAGGAAGCUUCCGUUCCAGAGGCUUGUUCGUGAAAUCGCUCAGGACUUCAAGACGGACCUGCGUUUCCAGAGCCACGCCGUGUUGGCGCUGCAGGAGGCGGCGGAGGCCUACCUUGUUGGGUUGUUUGAGGAUACUAAUCUGUGCGCCAUUCAUGCCAAGCGAGUCACAAUUAUGCCCAAAGAUAUUCAACUUGCUAGGAGAAUCAGGGGUGAGAGGGCUUAAGCAUGCAUCCUGGGGUUUAAUUGUUUGAAUCUGUCAAUCGAUCAUGACUACAUGAUAAGGGGAUUGCUUUUGUUUUGAGGGAUUUCAAUGAGAAAGACUUUGGUUGCAAUUAGGAUUGUGUUCAACCUCCUUUAUUUUCAUUUUGUUUAAUUAUUUCCAAAUUUCUCUCCAUUUUCCCCCUAAUUUUGUGUUCACAAUAAGUCUAAAAUCACACAAUUUAGUGUUAUCGAUCAUUUGCUCGUAACUAUUGUAAUUACAUGUAUGAUUUGCACAGUAAUAGGAUUCUGCGACCAAUGCGGCUUCUCUAGUAGGUAUUUUUUUCACAGCUGUGUCUUACCAUAUAUGUACAAUCCUAGGUUCAUACAAUCCAGAAAACCAUUGUCAGGAUCUGCCAGAGUGUGGUUCAGACAAUCCAGAAAAACGAUCAUGAGGUAGUUGCGAACCCAAAGGAACACUUGCACCAUCUUCUGGAGCGAUUUCAAACCAUCUAAGAGAUCCUUCUGAGUUCCGAGUAUGUAGGCUCCCUACUUAUAGCAGCAACAAUAUCAGAGGCAUGGGCAUUAUCAUUAUACCACAUUACCUUGUACACUGCAAGCAUGGCAUCUAGAGCAAUCCCGCUCGAUCAUGUUCCCUCACCAUAAUCGAAAUUAGGAACAUCUUGUACAUAAUUGCCUGCGAUAAUAAAGGUCCUAUGACCUAGAGUAUCCCUAGCUGAAUUAUCAUCUAUUUUCAGGGUUUUACUUGAAGCUAACAAACCUUUGUUGAAGUAUUUCGCUCCAACAAGCUUGAAGUUUUAGAGAGAAGAAUUAAAAUCUUCUGCGGUGUCUUUACACGAAUAUUUCCAUUUACUUGGUAUUUUCCGGGACAUGCCGUGAUCUUCAAAGCAAGGGUGUUCUGGGUGCCACAUACCAGAAUCAAUGAUUCCAUUGACCAUAUCUUUACAUUAAUUCGAACUAUG